AUGAGCAGUGCUUUUUUUGGACAAAAUGACCUACCUGGUCUAAUUGAAGAUGUGGUUUACAAGAAAGAGGGAAGCCAGGAGCGAUUUAUUGAAGCACUGCCUCUUUUUCUUGUAGAAGUUCCACAUGAACAAGUAUCAAAACAAAUUCUCCCCUUUAUCAUGAAUUGGUUUGAUUUUGGAAACCUUCGUGUAGCUAAGGCUCUCUUUAAAUGCAUUCCACGGCUUAUUCAGCCAGGGACUCCUGAAACAGAGUUAUUAGAUUACUUAUAUUUAAUUAACGAACUUAUCCGACAGAAUGGUCUUUUCAUAGAAAAAGAGGCCAACGUAUUAAUUGAGUAUUUAAUGACAAUCUACCAGCCAGAAGUAUUUGAUUCGAUUUUUAUUCCAUCUCUCGAAAGAAUUUUAUUCCAAGAUAACGUAGAAGCUGUUGCAAUCUCGCUAUGCUUACAAGCAAGACUCGCAAUUAUGUCGCCACAAGAAAAAAAGCAAAAUAUUAUCGAAAAUUUAAUUCGAAUCAGCAAAAAUCCGUCGACAAUUCUCAAUAUAAUAUUAUUAAGCUCAUUACAACACUUUUUAUCUAUUGCAACAGACGAAAAAAUGAUCAUAGAAAGCUUAGUUUAUCCAAAUUUCAGACACCCGGAUCCUAAGCUUCGAUGUCGAAUUAUCUCAGCGAUUUCAACAGUACCAGACAAAUAUAUGUCAAUCUACACAGACGUUUCUCCACUAAUACGUCUUUCAGAGGACGAAUCUUGGUGUGUCCGUUAUUCAUUUGCACGAACAGUUGCUCCUCUCAUCGAAUACUCAGUACAGAAGGAGCGUCUUGGUCUUGCACUUCUUUCCCUGUGCAAGGACUCAGUUCCAGAAGUAAGAACAUCUGCGUUGAACACUUUAUCAAAAGUUACUAAAAAGCUUUCAGCUGAAACACUUGAUGAAGCACCAAACAUCUUCGAGCAAUGCAUGCGCAAUCCUAGUGAAACAGUUCGUGAUUCCGCUAUCAGACUAUGGGGAUCACUUCUAUCAUCACAUCCAAAUGCUCCAUUUCAAGCUCGACUCUGCAGAUCACUUCAGUUACUUGGAACAGUUGCAGUAUUUGGAUUUCUUCAUAAAAUGCUUCUGCACGUCGUUCCUCUGCUUCCUGCAGGCACUCUCAGUCUUGAAACUAUCGACAGAGCUGUGAACACACUCCUUGAUAACGAGGACAGACCUACACUGCUCGUCAAGGCAAUCCCUGUUUUAUCUACAUUGGCCAUGGCGAAAAACCUCACUAAUUACGCACCUGCACUUGCACAGAAAGUCAAGCCAUUCCUUAAUUCAUCAGUUUUCGCAGUUCGAUGCGCUGCAGGAAACUUCUUUGUCGACUGCACUAAAGUAUUAGGAUGGGAAUGGGCGUGUGAUAACUAUCUUAAUGAUUUAGGUGAUAUGCUCGAAGUUGGUACUACUCCUCUUCGACAGAGUGCAUUGAGGACUGCGACAGCUCUUCUUGUCGAGAAACCUCCUAUCGAAAUCGCGCAAAAGCUUCGAGAGAUGAUUGAUAAUUUGUUGGUCUGCGAUGUUGCUGUCAUCAGAGCAAACGCAGAGAUGUGUAUAGAGAAACUUAACAUGUUACAUUAA